AUGAGUUCGUUUUUUCUUUUUUUUUCAGAGAAGGAAAUACAAAAUAAAUGGAAGAACAUACGUGAUUGCUAUGUUCGGGAUGUGAGGCGUAAAAGUGGGGAGCCGGUAAAAUCGCGUGGUAAGCGAACGCGCGAGUAUAUGCAUGCCGGAUUACUGGCAUUUUUGGAUACAUCGUACAUUGGCCCCCCACGUAAAAUUAUGCGUUCGCCUAAACGUCGUAGGGAAGGUGGUUAUGAUUUUAUCCUGGACACCAUCGUGAAGCCAUUUUUGGAUCAGACAGUGGAGAUCAACUGUGAUUGGAUCAAGCAGGAAACUCUGGAGGAAAAGAUCGGGAUGAUUCUGGAGGAACGAACUGUCGUGGAUGAUGACGACCGAGCAUUCUUUUCAUCGCUGUUACCGACGAUACAGAGUUUAGAACCGGAGCAAAAAGUGGAAUUUCGAAUGGAAGUGCUUCAAGCGCUUCGACAAAUAGCGCAGAAACAGCCAACACCUCCUUUGGUUCCGCGGUCUGAAACUACUCCCAAUGUAGCAGAUAGUGCAGACAUUUUCUGCGGUACUUCCCCAACACCCAGCGGUUCGUUUUUUGGCACUUUUGGACUUAAUGAUGCGUUUUGUGGUACCUCGAGUGCGAAAUCCGGUCAGGCUGCUCUAGAUUUUGUGACAUUACGUGAUAGGCAACAGGAAUGUUCUUCAUCUUCGACAUCGUCCUCGUCAUCGUCACUCCCUCAGCUUACCAGUGAUACUCAGUAG